UGCACGCCGAGUGACCGAGCAGCUCCAGAGUGACGUCACGGUCCGUCGCGUCCAAGUGACGUCACGCCGCGGGCAAGAUGGCGGCGCCCUGUCGCUGAGCGAUGGGUCGGUUGGCGCUGGGCCUGCGGCGCCUCCUGCUCCCGGGACCGGGGCUGGGCGCGGCCCCGCGCUGCGGCGGCAGCUCCGGGAGCGGCGAGGCCCCGCGCCGCACGCUGUACGAGGUGCUGGGCGUCCCGCCCACCGCCACGGCGGCGCAGAUCAAGGCGGCGUAUUACCAGCAGUCCUUCCGCUUCCACCCGGACCGCAACGCGGGCAGCGCGGCCGCCGCGGAGCGAUUCGCCGCCGUGAGCGAGGCCUACCGCGUGCUGGGCAGCGCCGCGCUGCGCCGCAAGUACGACCGGGGCGCCCUGAGCCGCGACGAGCUGAGCGGCGCCCCCCGACCUUCGGGCCGCGAUCCCGCGCCGCCGCCCCCCGCCCGCGCGCCCGCCGCACGCGGUCACAGCGCGACGCCGCCCUUCGACUUCGACGCGUUCUACCGCGCGCACUACGGGGCGCAGCUGCAGCGGGAGCGGGCGCUGCGGGAGCGGCGGGAGCGGCUGCGCCUGUUCCGGGAGGAGGCCGCGGCCCAGGGACGACUGCGGCUCCUGACGGAGCUCACGGCCGGGCUGCUCGUCGUUCUGGGCUUCGCGAUGCUCUACGGCUUCAAGUAGCGGCGGCCCGACACGGUGCUGGCGGCCCUGGGACGGUGCGGGAUCCGUGCGGGAUCGGUACAAGGCCUCAGCGUCGCUUCUGGAGCCGCGUGUGCCCGCAGCGUGGCCGUGUGUUACCGCACCCACAGCAGCGCUGCCGUGAGCCCCUUCUGUCUGCAGACCCACACGAGGCGCCCGGCAGGGACACGGGCUCCACUUUGUGACCUCUGACAUCUCCUCCAUUGGCACCGCGCUGUGACUCCGCUGGGAACCACAUUUCUGUUCUGCUGAGCCGUGAUUAAAUAGUUACCAACUGUUUGUGUGCUGCACGUGUUCCUGGAGAUGCUCUCGCUGAUGUUAAGUAAUGUCUCUCUGUGGGUUCCAUUAAUCCCAAGCUUGCCGCCUUUGUGCUGUCACCCUUAGUGCAUUUUUGGAGCGUUGGUCUCCAAACUGCACCAUGACCCUGUGUCCCUGUGUGGGCCCUGCCUCACGCUGUGCUGAGCACACACCUCUCAGUUCCAGCAGUCUGAAAGAAUGGAAUGUGGGCCCUGGCUGCCUGUGUUCCCACCAUCACCUGGAGGUGCUGCCCCAGGCACCUCACUGUAGAGCAGCCCGCCUUGGCGAGGCCUUACUGGGAGCUUUGCACAAGACUGUCUCGUACAGCCAUUGUGGCUGGGAGCGGUACACGUUUGUCAGUGGCAUUAUUUGUGUUUGACGUGCCUCUAAGCACCUUUUGCACAUAGGAGUAUUUGACUAAUUAAGUACUGAAGUGAUUCAGGAACUGAAGAAGAUUGUAUCUAAGAGUGCCUGUCUUGGGUGAAGGUUUCAUCUCUGCCACAUGGUGCUGCUGGCAGAGAGAGAAGCUUGCUGGAGCCCUGUGUUGCAACACCUGGAGUGCCAAGGAUGACAUCUGUGGUACUUUGCACUGUGUUUGCUGGGUUGGACUGUGUGAAAACCAUGCCCUUCCCUCGCUGCUGUGACACUGGGUUGUGAUUUCUCCUAAUACAAACCAAAGCAAACACCUCAUGUUUUUCAGUGGUGGAAUUCUGUGAUACUGAGCUGAGCCCAAGGCAGUGGCAGGGCAGAGUGCAGUGUGUACUGGUAGGUGGUACAUGCUGCUACAGGAGAGUCUCCUGUCUCUUCUGGAAAGUAUUGUACCACUUCCAGCUGCAGAGGCUGCUGUGUGUUUGGGCACAUUUAGUGCAGGAGAAGAGAGGGCUUUCCAGGAUCCUCUGUUGUUGUUGUUGAGAUUAUAGUCCUGAAAUGUUGGUAUGUGAAGAGCUGGGGGAGCCUGGCAUUCAAAAGCACUGGUUAUAGAGUGGGAACAUCUAGAGCUGUGGCUCUGUGCCAGCACACCCAUGUACUUUCGUGCUGUAAGCCAUGUCCCUUACUGCCCCCAGAGGUGGCUUCCCAGGAAGAGCUUGGCCAGCAGCAUUCUCUCACAGGCUGGAAGAGCUCUGUGCAGCCAUGAGAAGCAGUGGGUAUCGUACAGGAGCAUCUCUAGUUCCUGGUUUUGUGAUUUGCUGUUUUUUAAGGCUGUCGUGCCAAACACAAGUUGUCUUCUGUGUUGAUCUCUCUGUAUGUGCUGCUCUGUAUGGCUCAGGCCAUACAUGGGUCGGAUGUAGUGCAGCCUGGAGCAGGAGAAGCUGAGCGCUGUGCUCCUGGCACUGCUCUGGUCCCUGGGACUGGGACAGGGAAGCUCCCGUGAGACAUCUGGCUUUCCCAAUCUGUGCCUGUGUCUGAAAUCAAGGCACUAAAGCUGGGCUCAUCAAUGUGCCUUACCAUGGUGGUGAGGGUCAUUCAUAUUUCUGGUUCUUCCUGUUCCUCUUCAGAUCUCUGUGACACAUCCUGAGCAUUAAAAUUAUCCAUCAAUAAACUAGUGAUGAACUGA